AUGCUAUUCAAAAAUAUCUUGUUGGUGCUCUUUCUGAUCCAUUGCGUGUUUUGUGCUAAGCAUUAUUUGUUUAAGAAAUGUGAACAAUCUGGUUUUUGUCAAAGAAAUAGGGUAUUUGGUAGAAACGUACAAAGUAGCCAAACCUUUAGCUCACAGUAUUCUAUAAAUCCUGAGUCCCUCAAUUUCGAGACAGUGGGUACUGGAUUUGUAUUUAAUGGUGAAAUCAGAAAAAGGUUACCAAAAUUGAAUAAUGAAGACGUUCAAUUGCCUUUUGAAUUGUCGAUAGUAAAAGGUAAUAGUAUAAGGCUCAAAGUAGACGAAAAAAGAUCUGUUAAGUUCAAAAAUGUGAAUCCAAAGAGAUACAAUGAAACUUCCAAGUGGGCGUUUGAAAACGAAGCUCUCUUAUUAAUAGAAAAGUCGUCUGUCGAUUUCAAAUAUGCUGAUGAUAAGAUUACUAUAAAAUAUGGAGAUAAUCACGAAUUCACUGCGGAAUUGAUAUUUAAUCCAGUGAGACUAAAUGUAUACUUCAAAGGUGAAUUGCAGAUGAUAGUUAAUGACCAACAAUUUUUGAAUUUUGAGCAUUUUCGAGUAGAAAGUGAAAAUUUUAAGCAUAUCUCGGAUGUUGAAAUAGACUUCAAUAUGUUUGAGGAUAAUUUUAAGGAUUCAGAAGAUGACAAGCUAUCCUUUGGCCCCGAGUCAGUUGCUUUGGACUUCACGUUCAAAGGGUUUAAGAAUCUCUAUGGAAUUCCAGAACACUCUGAUAGUUUGAAACUCAAAGAUACUUCGUCUUCUGAGCCUUAUAGACUUUUCAAUGUCGAUAUUUUUGAGUACGAAGUAGACUCUCGUCUUCCAAUGUAUGGGUCGAUACCCUUAAUGACAGCUUCGAAACCUGGCGUUUCGAUAGGAGUAUUCUGGGUGAAUGCUGCCGAUACUUAUGUGGAUAUUGAUACGACAUCUUCUCCAAACGAUUCCAAAACACAUUGGAUUUCUGAGAAUGGAGUUUUGGAUGUAGUCAUAUCGGUGGGCUCAAAUCCCUCAGAUAUCAACAGAGAUUAUGGUUUAAUCACGGGUUAUCCUCAAUUACCUCAAAUAUUCUCAUUAGGUUAUCACCAAUGUAGAUGGAACUACAAUGACGAGAAAGACGUCCUUAAUAUUAAUAAUUUGAUGGAUGAAUAUCAAAUUUCCUAUGACACUAUAUGGCUCGAUGUCGAAUACACUGAUUCAAAAAAAUAUUUCACAUGGCAGCCAGAUAGCUUUCCACACCCAGAAGAGAUGCUUGCAGAGCUUGACCGCACUGGAAGAAAUCUUGUUGUCUUAAUUGAUCCUCACAUGAAGGUAGAUUAUUUUGUUAGUGAUGAGCUAAUUAAAAGAAAAAUAACAAUGAAUGAUAAACACAAUAAGCCAUUCCAUGGCCAUUGCUGGCCUGGUGAGUCGCUCUGGAUUGACACUUUAAACCCGAAAUCACAGAUGUAUUGGGACGAGCUUCAUUCUUUGAAAGAGGGCUCAUUCUUGGGAAAAGCUGAUAACAUAUAUAUUUGGAAUGACAUGAGUGAACCGUCCAUAUUCGAUGGCCCAGAAACGACUGCGCCAAAAGAUAACUUGCAUUGGGAUGGCUGGGAACACAGGUCAAUUCAUAACAUUAAUGGCUUGACCUUUCAUGAGACUACGUAUAAAUCCUUAACAAAAAGAUUAAAAGACUUAGAGAGGCAACGGCCCUUCAUUUUGACACGGUCGUAUUUUGCAGGUUCUCAAAGAACUGCUGCAAUGUGGACUGGGGAUAAUAUGUCAAAAUGGGAAUAUUUAAAGAUAUCUAUUCCCAUGGUAUUAACCUCUAAUGUGGUUAAUAUGCCCUUUUCUGGAGUUGAUGUGGGUGGCUUUUUUGGUAAUCCUUCUAAGGAGCUUCUUACAAGGUGGUAUCAAGCAGGCAUUUGGUAUCCCUUCUUUAGAGCCCAUGCUCAUAUUGACUCAAGAAGAAGAGAGCCUUGGGUACCAGGAGAUCCAUAUACUUCAAUAAUAAGAGAUGCAAUCAGACUUAGGUAUUCUUUAUUACCGGUCUACUACACAGGCUUUUAUCAAGCGAAUAGAGUUGGCGCACCAAUAAUAAAACCAUUAUAUUACGAAGCUCCUCAUAAUUUGGAUAGCUAUUCAGUUGACGACCAGUUCUUUUUGGCUGAUUCGGGGAUCAUGGUCAAGCCAGUGACAGACCAGAACAUAGAGCUGGUGAUGCUCUAUCUACCCGAUAACGAAAAAUAUUAUGAUUAUACGAAUGGCAUUCUUUCAGCUCAAGCUUAUGAGCUUUCUAAGCCAGGAUACAUUAACUUGAAGCUGGGAUUAUCUGAUAUUCCGAUGCUAAUUAAAGGUGGAAGUAUCAUUCCCCGGAAGAUGCGGUAUAGAAGAUCGACUAUGCUAAUGGAGAAUGAUCCUUACACAUUGACUAUAACCUUAUCGAGCAAUAAUACAGCUAAAGGAAAUUUAUAUAUUGAUGAUGGUAAAUCGUUCAAUUACUUAAACGGCAACUAUAUCGAUGUCGCAUUCAGUGCAACAAAUGAAAAGGUAACAGGAAACGUUUAUGCACCAAAUAAGGAAUAUUUGACUCUGUUAGUCAAUAUCACAAUUGAAACCAUUCACAUAGUUCCUGCUUCAAAUGUCAAGCAGGUGGAAAUUGAGCAAGAUGGAGAUAAUUGGAUCAGAAGCACAAAGGCAUCAAACGGCAUUUUAACGAUUGAGAAACCAAAUUUGAAAAUUUAUUCAAAUUGGUCUAUCAAAAUAGCCAAGACUCAAGAUUUCGAUCAUGAUGAGUUAUAA